GUGUGGCUAAUAAUAACCCAGCAUCUGUUUUGGCUAAUUCACAUUUCUCCCAAGCAAAUCACGCAGCAGCACUGCAGCAGCCAUCAUCGCAUUUCAGCCAGAGGACCCGUCGACCGCCUGAGCAGCAGCUGCAUCUCGUGCUCGUGAGCCGCCGCACACUGCACCUCUGCAUCGACCGCUCGUUUGCCGCCCACCUCUCCAUCGCGUGACUGUGAGCCGCCGCACGCCCGCAACUCUGCAUCGACCGCUCGUUUGCCGCCACCUCUUCAUCGCGCUCCUCAGCGGAUCUCCAGUUCAACGUCCUUUUGGGUUGAGGGUUCCAGUUGCAGGUCUUUUGAGGUUUCCGUUUGCUGGUCAUAUAAAGGAUUAGCUGACCUUGAAAGUGACAUUGAUUCAGCAGCCCCAUACGAUUAAUGUCUUCUGUCAUUUUUAAUUCUUCAUUAACUUUGCAACAUUUAUAUUCUCCAAGAUUGGUUUGUCACAGGCAAAUCAUUAGAAUGUCUGCUGUUGAAACCAAAAAUCCCAAUGUGGUGUUCCAAUCUAUGACAAUAAAGCCUCCAUCACAUCCUACCUAUGAUUUGAAUGGCGUCAUUAAGCUUGCUCUUGCUGAAGAUGCUGGGGAUCAAGGAGAUGUCACUUGUAUGGCAACCGUUCCUGCUGAUAUGGAAGUGGAGGCCCAUUUUUUGGCAAAAGAGGAUGGAAUCAUAGCAGGAAUUGCUUUAGCAGAGAUGACAUUUCAUGAGGUUGAUCCCUCUCUGAAGGUGGAAUGGUCACGGCAAGAUGGUGAUUGUGUUCAUAAAGGACUGCAAUUUGGAAAAGUCUCUGGACGUGCACACAAUAUUGUUGUAGCAGAAAGGGUGGUGUUAAAUUUUAUGCAAAGGAUGAGUGGAAUAGCAACAUUAACUAAGGCAAUGGCAAAUGCUGCAAGCCCUGCAUGUAUUUUAGAGACUCGGAAAACAGCUCCAGGUUUACGUUUGAUUGAUAAGUGGGCGGUGGUAAUUGGUGGAGGUAGAAAUCAUAGAAUGGGUUUAUUCGAUAUGGUCAUGAUAAAAGAUAAUCAUAUAUCAAUAGCAGGGGGUAUCAUAAACGCCAUUAAAUCUGUUGAUGAGUAUUUAGAGCAAAGGAACCUUCAAAUGGAUGUUGAGGUUGAGACCAGAACAUUGGAGGAAGUAAAGGAGGUGUUACAUUAUACGUCACAUGCGAAGACUUGCUUGACUCGGAUAAUGUUGGAUAAUAUGGUUAUACCACUGCCAAAUGGAGAUGUUGAUGUAUCUAUGCUUAAAAAUGCUGUGGAUUUGAUCAAUGGAAGAUUUGAGACCGAGGCAUCAGGCAAUGUAACUCUUGAAACAGUGAGGAAAAUUGGCCAGACGGGUGUAACCUUCAUUUCUAGUGGAGCACUGACACAUUCUGUAAAAGCACUUGACAUCUCUCUCAAAAUCGACACAGAGUUAGCGCUACAGGUUGGAAGGCGUACAAAACGGGCAUAAUGGUAAUUUUCUUCUCAUUUUCCUUCGUUUAUGCAGCAAGUCAACUCUGAUGAACUCUUAGCUUGAUUAGAAUAAGAAGAGAGGAAAGAGAGAGAACAAUCUUUCCACUGGUUGCUUUUUUAACCAAAAGCUUUGCUUUUAUGGUUGUUUAAGGAAAAAUCAUCGUUAGAUGAUAUAGAAAGCGUCUUUGUUACAAAUGAGAAUGGCAAGUUUCUUUCAAUUUCUUCUCAUUAGUCUUAAUUCCAGUGUAGUUGUGAAUUCUGGAGUCAUAGGGCCAACCAUAGCUAUGGCCGGAUGGCAAUGAGUAGCUAGUGCCUGUACUUGUGUUAAUAGUAUUUUUAUUUAUUAUUAUUAUUAUUAUUUAGGA